AUGUCACAGGUAAUAGAACCACAAUUAGAUAGAACAACCUACUAUUCCACAUUAGGCUUAACAUCGAAUGCGACAUCCUCCGAAGUACAUAAAUCAUACCUAAAACUGGCCAGAUUACUUCACCCAGACAAAACAAAAUCUGAUACGUCUGAAGAAUUAUUCAAAGCCGUUGUGCAUGCACAUUCAAUUCUAACUGAUGAAGAUCAAAAACUUCGAUAUGAUCGUGAUUUGAAAAUCAAAGGCUUACACACUUACCAACCGAAGAAAUACUGUCAUAUUUUCAAGACUAAGGCAAAAGAAUCUCAAGGAACUAGCCCUGUAAUCCGUAAAUCAGAGGCCUAUCGUAGGGAAAAUAAACCGUAUGAACAACAACCCUACGGUUUCGGAGUAGGCAAGAAAAUGAACUCGUGUUCUAAAAGUAAGGUUCCAAUAUUCAAGUCAUUCAAUUUAAAAAGCUACCAACGAAAUCACUAUUAUUCAUCUAAAAAGGAGAAGAAACAUGGAAGUCCAGAUAUUGACUCUCUAUUUCAGGAAAGUAAUGGAGCUUCAAAAGUAAGGAUGACUGAUACCGGUUCAAUGGAUACGAACUCUCAGUUCCAAGAAAUAUGGGAAAUGUUAGGUAAAACUGCGAACAAUCAUGAAUCGUACCGUGACGAUCCAGAUUCAUGUUUAGGAUUAGCAUUAAGUGACGAUGAGGAAGAACAGUAUUAUGGAGGGACAUCGAAGUCUAGUAGUCCUGAGGAAGAGCAAAAAGACAGUGCAGAACCGAAAAAGGAAAGCAGAAAUUUUCCGGAAGAGAAUAGGGAAGAAGAAAUGGGACACAAACAGUUUAAGCUGCCCAAGAUCAGUGUUUCUUCUAAUAAAUCCCAUGAGUCGAAUUUGCGGUCGCCUUUUUACAAUCAUGAGCAUCGACAUUACGCAAGAAAUAAAUUCGAAUGCAGGAAUCAAUUUAGAAGGUCGGUUUCUCCUAUCAAAGAGAUGCCUGCAACUACUAGUACAAAUGAAGGAUGGAACAUUUUAAGGGAUAUUGUUGAAAAGCUCAAUAUAAGCAACGUGGACGAUCGAAAUAAAGACCCGUUAUUUCGUAGAGAUGAAAUAAAUGAUAAAAAUUACAACGACUCAAUCAGUAUAGAAAAGUUAUCCAUUAGAGAACCUAAAGGGAUGAAAAGGAGGAAAAAGGAUGAUAUAUCUUUAGAAGAAUUAUCCCAAUCUUUGCCGAGAGAAAAAGAUUUUUUUGUGAUGAAUGCGAUUAAUGAGUCGUUAGAAUCUAUCAAUCUUUUCAAAAAGCCCAAGACCGCUCAGAGUCACGCCGAAAGUGAAAUUUUCUCCCAACCAGAAGGUAAUUACACAAAGUUCAAACCGCUGUUGGAACAGUAUGGAAUUACGAUCCAGGUCCUAGAUUUGCAAAUACCAGAGAUCCCGGAGUUAGAUGCGGUGACAGAUCUUAAAACAUUGAGGCUUAAUGUCCAGCUGUUUAAUAACCAAUGCAAUAAACUCAAAGAAAAAUUAUAUCAAGCAUCACUACAGCGUCUGAGCGCAGAUAUGCAGUUCAGCGAUAUAUUAACCGAAAGCCAAAAUAUUAUGGCUUGGAAAACAUGUUUGGAAUUUGAUAAAAGUUUAAUGGACAAAAUGAACAUCCUACAAGAAAGACAGAUGCAGGUCAUUAAAAUCUUUUCCAGAAGAUGUGACGGCAUAGUAUAG